CCACCUGGCGCAGCGCCGCCCUCGGAGCCCGCGUACCAGCGCACAUUCACGCACCGGCACACCCCGCGCACACCCGCGCACCCCCGCGCACCGGCAACCCCCCUACCAACUCCAGGGCCUGGCCAGCCCUGCGCCCGCGCUCUCUGGGUGAACCCCGGCCUGCGCGCCCCAGCCGGCGAUGGCUCCACUUGGAUACUUCUUGGUGCUCUGCAGCCUGAGGCAGGCGCUGGGCAGUUACCCGAUCUGGUGGUCCCUGGCCGUCGGGCCGCAGUCCUCCAUGCUGGGCACCCAUCCGGUCCUCUGUGCCAGCAUCCCUGGCCUGGUGCCCAAGCAGCUGCGCUUCUGCCGGAACUACGUGGACAUCAUGCCCGGUGUGGCUGAGGGCGUGAAGGUGGGCAUCCAGGAGUGCCAGCACCAGUUCCGUGGCCGCCGCUGGAACUGCACCACUGUGAACGACAGCCUGGCCAUCUUUGGGCCAGUGCUUGACAGAGCCACCCGGGAAUCUGCCUUCGUCCAUGCCAUUGCCUCAGCCGGUGUGGCCUUUGCUGUGACUCGCUCCUGUGCAGAAGGCUCAGCCGCCAUCUGUGGUUGCAGCACCCGCCACCAGGGCACACCGGGUGAGGGCUGGAAGUGGGGCGGCUGCAGCGAGGACAUAGAGUUCGGCGGGAUGGUGUCCCGAGAGUUUGCAGAUGCCCGGGAAAACCGGCCAGAUGCCCGGUCAGCUAUGAACCGCCACAACAAUGAGGCAGGGCGCCAGGCUGUUGCGAGCCACGCGCACCUCAAGUGCAAGUGCCACGGGCUGUCGGGCAGCUGCGAGGUGAAGACCUGCUGGUGGUCACAGCCUGACUUCCGCGCCGUGGGCGACUUCCUGAAGGACAAGUAUGACAGUGCAUCGGAGAUGGUGGUGGAGAAGCACCGCGAGUCGCGCGGCUGGGUGGAAACGCUGCGGCCGCGCUACACCUACUUCAAGGCGCCCACCGAACGCGACCUGGUCUACUACGAGGCCUCCCCCAACUUCUGCGAGCCGGAUCCCGAGACCGGCUCCUUCGGCACGCGUGACCGCACCUGCAACGUGAGCUCGCACGGCAUCGAUGGCUGUGACCUGCUCUGCUGCGGCCGCGGGCACAACGCGCGCACCGAGCGGCGCCGCGAGAAGUGCCACUGCGUGUUCCACUGGUGCUGCUACGUGCGCUGCCAGGAGUGCGCGCGAGUCUACGACGUGCACACCUGCAAGUAACGCGCCUGCGCGAGGCCGGCGGGCAGGCGCCAACCGCGGGCUCUGAAGCCAACCCAGCUUAGGGGCUAUCGGCCCGGGGCAGAACGGGGGUUCCGGGAGGAGCCAGCCGCCCACCCGCUGGUCGGGCCCCUGCAGCACCACACCUCUGCACCGGAGGCCCCUCCUCCGCCUCGGAGUUCCGGCCUUCCCGACCAGGACCUUCCCGGAGAAAACCUGCAGCCCAUGCGCGGCCCCUUUUGGGAAUGCACCGCUGUCCUGCCCAGUUGUCCCAGCCCAGCCUGUGGCCCUGCCGGUCUCAUUUUGAGCGUUUGGUAAACUCGGGCCGCAGCGCAGCUAUGCUGAGGACAGAGGCCCCUAAGCUGGAGUAGCCAGGGCAGGCCCAGGGCCUGUGCCACCGUGAGAACUCCCCAGCUUCUGAUGAGCCGGCCAGCGAGUGGCGCCACCCAGGGGAGCUCUGGUUGGCCCGCCAUAGUGAAUCUUCCUCUCCAGGCAUGGAGGGGACUGGCCCUGAGAGUGUGGCGAAGACACUCAUAACGUCCUUCCCUGGCAUUUGAAUAUGGGGUUUUAUUUCCAAUGCUGCUAUAUCUACCAUCCACUGGAGUUAGACAGAUGUGUUUCAUUUUGAUUUUUUUUUCUUUCUAUGAAAGAAAUUAUUUUAGUGAUAGUACAUGAGUUUCAAAUAAUGGGAAAAGCUGAAGAAGAAAAAACAACCCAAUAAGCCUGUGGUUUGUGCUGGAGUUUUUCCUUAUAUUCUGCCUAUUUUAUUUUGUAUUAACAUGCAUUACUUGUACAUAUUAACAAGGCUUACUGUGCUGUUUCUACAAGUGGUCAGUCUGGUAGGUAGCAUUCUGUCCUUACAACUAGUGGUGAGUCUGGAGGAGAGAGG